AUAGUAAUAUUUAGAAGUAAAUAAGUGAUUCUUAAAUAGGUAACUAAUUUGCAAUCACUCAUAAAUAUAUAUUUUAAUUUUAAAGACAGUUUUAAAUUUAAAAACUAAAUUAAAAACAAUAUGGCGUAUUAUUAUGUCGAAGAUAUAGAUUCAUCUUUGAUUGUGGUGCAUAUGAUACAGACGUGUUCAAAAUACUUCCCUGUACCCACAGUCACCGAUGGAGAAGAUCUGCAGUAUAAACUUAGAACUUUGAAUAAAUUAUACACUAUGUGGAUUGAAGAACAAUUUAAUGACAGCUCGUAUCAGUCAGAAAUAUAUAAAAGAAUUUGCGAAAUGUUUUUUGAAAACGUGUUUCGGCAUUUACCACUGUAUUCUUAUACACCCGAUGGUGAAAUAAAUAUUGAAAUGAUGUGGGAAUUGAAACAGCUGUAUCCUGUUUACAAAGUAUUUGCAGCAUUUUUGAAUUUAAAGGGCUUUGACGAAGAAAAGCUAAUGCCAUAUGUAGGUAAAACAUUCAUUAAUGCUUUAAUACAAAGAAUGGACAAUAGUUGUAUGGAAACCGAAAGAGAUUGUGUGAAAAAAAUAUUAUUUUUACUGUUCGAGAAAGCUUUUUACUUGAAAAGACACAUACUUCAAGGCAUUAUAAAUUCGCUCUUAAAUUAUGGUCACAUAUCAAUCAACAUGGGCGUUAAAGAGUUAUUGGAACUAUUUAGAACUUUAAUGUAUCACAAACUGGUCAAGUCACCUAUAAUAGCUAAGGUGUUGUUGCCGUUGAUCAAGCAUAACGAGCUAUGCCAUUAUGCGGGACAAUUACAUGAGUGUUUUAAAACAGCUGUCCAUGAAGUGGAUGCUGGCUUGGGUGCAUGGUUCGUGGAUAACGUUAUCGGUCACUGGUCGGCGUCCUCGGCCGACGUGCCAUCGCUGUGCCAGACGUUGGCAGAAUUGUAUUUUCAAGCGUGUGACCAGAAGGGAAGACGUCAGACCCAUCAAAGUGUAGUCAGGCACAUUGUCAGCUGCCUGCUAAUGGCGGUGACUGUUGAUGGUACGACAGUAACCGCAUGUCUGGCUUACACUGAGUUCUGUGACCGGUUGAUCGACGACGCUGCAGCAAACGUUUGGGAAAAAUGCGACAACGGUGAAGCAAUGGAGCGGGUUGCCAAAGGAUUGAUCGCCAUCUAUCGAUACCAUAGUGAUUACAACUGUGUCGACUACUCCAGGCGCCUACUGAGGAGACUAGUCAACGAUGAACGACAUUUGGUCGGUGACGCCUGUCGACUAACUGUCCUGCAAGUUCUGAUUGAAGACCGGCCGCUGGCGAUGAUCGAAAACCUGGUCGAUAAUACGUUUUAAAACAUUUUUAAAUUAUUUUAAACACAUUUCAAAGUAUAUAAUACGAGUAUAAUCUUAAAAUCGGUGCAUGUUAAGUGUGAUUGCUUACUCCCGCAUUCAUAUUUUCAGAUUCAACAACGAUCAUGUUUAAAUUAAUAAAAUCAUGUCACAAUUCAAC